UUGAAGCCGAAAGCGUGACUGGAUGUAGCUCGUGAGCAUCCAAACGAUAGCCAGUCCUAAAGCAAAGAAUGGUCUCUCUUAUUGUGAAGGAGAAAAACAAACGCACCGGCGUGAAACGUUUGGCAAAGGACUACAUUUCCCAGCAGCCGCUUUAGGGUUGGCGCAUGCCCCCGCGGGGCUAGAAGCCGUCUCCAGCUGGCCGAAGGCUCCCCCGCGCCCCGGUUCCCAUUCAUCAGUCCCGGAGCCGUGCACGACCUCGGGAGCCGCCGGCAUGUCUUCUUCUGCAGCGGCGGAACCCGAGAGCAAAGCGCUGCCCAUCGUCGUGAGGACGUACUUCUCCGAGGUCGUGGAAGACGACGGGAACUUCAUCCAGGCAGUUUGCAGCCUGUGCAGGCACAAGAGGAAGACCAUCCGAGGGCAGCACAAGGCGCCAUCCAAUUUCACCAAGCACGUGCAGAGAAUCCAUGGAGAAAAAUAUCUGAAGCUGAUGCACAAAAGGAAAAAUAUCCAUUGCAAACAAAAUGGUAGUGGCACGUUAAAGGUUUCUGAGAAAAUUCCAAAAUACUGUGAGCCUCAUUGGGACCCUUACUCACAGUAUCAGCUCUGUGAUCGGUCUUUAUCCAAAGAAAACCUGGAUCAACUAAUUCUCAAUUUUCUCAUCACUGAUAUGCUUCCCUUGUCGAUUGUUGACGGAAGUGGCUUCCACAAUUUGAUUAAAGGGAUUAUUCCCAGUGCUGCUGUCACUUCUACAGAAACCUUACGGAACGACCUUGCAAGACAGUAUGGCUUGGUUCUUGAAAAAAUUAAAAGGAAAUUGGACUCAGUUUCUUAUGUUUGUACAACUGCAGAUGUGUGGAUGCAUCAGGGGCAAAGUUAUGUGGGUGUCACAUGCCACUGGAUCAAUUCAGCUAACUUGACAAGAGAAUCUGUUGCCUUAAGCUUCCGACGUUUUACUGGGCCAUGUUCAUACAGCAAGCUUGCUUCUGUGCUGACUGACAUCCAUUCUCAGUAUGAUUUGGACUCCACAAAAAUAACACACAUUGUCACGGACAACAGGAACCAUUUCCAGAAAACCUUUCAGCUGUUCUCUGGAUCCAAAGAGCAGCUGGAGGAUAGCUUGGACCAGCAAGAGAAGAAUGAUGUGGAGAAGCAAGCAGAUCCCCCAGGUGCUGAUGCCUGUGUCAACGUGCGCAUUUAUGAAACCUUGUCAAGUGACACCAUUGAUUCUUCUGACCUCUUCUACCUGCCACCCCGUGUGGCCUGCUUUUCCUGCACACUCAGCUUUGUGGCUGCGACAGCUGCUUCCAGAGCGCUGGCCACCAACCCUCCAUACAGGCACCUUUUCCAAAGCGUGGCAAGCAAAUGCUGUGCUUUAAGGAAUGUUUCCCAAGAUAGCUUGAAAAAUGCAGAGCUUGUUAAUUACGCCCUCGGAAAGUCUCUCCCCAAACCGGCCUCCGUAUGGAAUUCUGAGUUUGACAGUUUUUGCCGCAUAUACGACAUGCGUGGCACAGUGAAUCUCAUAAUGGCCUGCCUCCAGCUUCCAAAAUUUACCAACCUGGAGCUGGAGUUCUUAGGGGAAUGGUUGGAGGUGAUGUCUCCGAUUGCUACAGCACUUGACAAACUUCAGACAGAAGAGGCCAUCGAGUCUUUCUGCGGUGCUGUCCUGCCCAUGGUGCUUGUGUUAAACAGCCGACUUGAGUCGGUGUCUCUAAAAUACACCUCUUGCCUGGCAGAUGCACUGAAGGGGGAGCUUCAGAAGCAGUUUGGGCACAUGCUGACCUUUGACACAGCCGUAAAUAGUAAAAAUACAAAGGCACUAGUCAUUGCUUCUGUGUCACAUCCAUUUUUUAAAUUGCGUUGGCUGCAAAGUCAAGAUGAUAAGAAGAUUGCUCAGGAGCUUUUCUUACGGGAGCUGCUCCGCUGUGACACUCUGUCGCCGAAGGCUGACAGUCAAGCAGCAGCAAUGAAAGCUGCCGACGAUUUUUAUGGCUUUGAUGAUCAGGGGGUGGCGGCGGCGGCUGAGUCUGCAUUAAGGAAUAUUGGGGUGCAGUUCCUCAACGAUCCAUCGCAUGAGCUGAGGCAACUGAAAAGAUACCCAGCCAUCGCCAAGCUUUUUAUCAAGUUCAACACCACUCUGCCAAAUUCUGCUCCUGUAGAGAAACUGUUCUGCCACAAUGGACAAAUCCUGGGGCCCAAAAUGGCCUCCCUUCAGGAUGAUGUGUUAGAGAUGAUGAUGUUGUUGCAGAAAAAUUCCCAGUUUCUUGUAUGAUAUAUGUCCAUAGAGCAGUGGCCUAGAGUCAACAUGGUGCCCUCCAUAUGUCGUUGGACGGCAACUCCCACAAUCAUCUCUAACCAUUGGUCAUACUGGCUGGAGCUGAAGGAGUCCCAACAAUGUCUGGAGUGUCACAGGCCCCCAUACCACUGCUCUG